ACAGAGAGACUACCCUUAAAAUAAUACUAGACGACUUGGUACUCCUCUCCUCCCUCUUCCGUCUCACCCAUGUAUCCUCUACUCAGUGUUAUAGUCUUCCUUCUCUCACUGAAUAUGGGAACACAAACUUUAGGAGAAAGCACUGAUGACGAUUUCUUUGAGCUCUGCCAAGAAACUAGAUGCAGCACAAGGGGUGGUCCACGCAUAAGAUUCCCCUUCAGACUCAACACCCAACCAGACUUUUGUGGCCUUGAAGGGUUUGUAGUAUCUUGCUUAAACAACAGGACCCUCUUGCACCUUCCUUUCUCUGGUGACUUCUAUGUUCAAGAAAUCUCUUAUCUCAACAAUAUAAUUUCUAUUCACCUUCAAAAUACAUUGCCCAUUACAAAGUGUUUUCUCUCUUAACUUCUCGGGUUCUCCCUUCAACACUGGUACAUUUUCUCAGAUUUUUACCAUUGUGAAUUGCACAGAGAGGGUUUCAUGGAGUGCAUCAGACGGAAUAGUAGUGCCAAUUGAUUGCUUGAGUUACGACAAGAAUUUAGUUUAUUUAUAUGAUCCUUUUGUUUCCAUGAACAAGCUGCCUUCACAUUGCAGAAGAUUUAAAACAGUUGAGAUCAUUUCAGUUCAUGGCUACGUUGAACUCCAACAAGCCAUUGAGAGACUUUUUGAAAGGCAAGAGAUCUUCCUCGCUUGGGAAGGGUUAGAUGGUUGCUAUGAAUGUGAAAACUCAGGAAACUUCUGUGGAUUCAACAGUACAAGAAAUGCAACCAUUUGUUCUACUUCCAGGCCCAAAAGGUCACAUUCUGCUGUAAUCUUAGGAACAAGCAUUGGAGGCACCGCCUUUCUUGCUUUGGUUGUACUUGUGUUGUACAGAUUUCGAAGAUCAGACAGUGAAAAGGAAACUCAGCUCAAGGUAGAGAGGUUCCUGGCAAAUUACAAGACCCUCAAUCCAUCCCGGUAUUCCUACAGUGAUCUAAAAAAGAUAACAGGCAAAUUUAGGCACAAAGUAGGCCAAGGAGGUUAUGGAACUGUCUACCGAGGAAAAUUGCCCAAUGGAAUACCUGCAGCAGUUAAGAUGAUCGAGAAUUCUAAAGGAAAUGGCCAAGAGUUCAUUAAUGAAGUAGCUACCAUAGGUAGGAUACACCAUUUCAAUGUGGUUCGCCUUCUUGGGUUUUGUGCAGAAGGGACGAGGCGUGCUCUGGUCUAUGAAUUCAUGCCAAAUGAAUCGCUUGAAAAGUUUAUCUUCUCAUCAAAAGACUCUAAAACAAGAAAUCGACCAUUUAGUUGGGAGAAGCUUCAACAAAUUGCAAUGGGCAUUGCCCGUGGAAUGGAGUACUUGCACCAGGGGUGCAACCAAAGGAUCCUUCACUUCGACAUCAAGCCCCAUAAUAUUCUACUAGACCACAAUUUUCAGCCCAAGAUUUCAGAUUUUGGGUUGGCCAAGCUAUGUUCAAAGGAACGGAGCGUUGUCUCCAUGACAGCUGCCAGAGGAACAGCAGGCUACAUUGCACCUGAGCUCUUCUCAAGGAACUUUGGAGCAGUUUCUCACAAAUCCGAUGUUUUUAGCUUUGGAAUGUUGUUGUUGGAGAUUGUGGGAUGUCGAAGAAACAUCGAUGUUACAGUUGAAAAUCAAAGUCAGAUUUAUUUCCCGGAAUGGAUUUACAACAGAAUGAGUCAGGGGAAGGAGAUGGGGCUGGAAAUUGAGAUAGAUGGGGAUGAGGAGAUUGCCAAGAAGCUUGCAAUUGUGGCACUUUGGUGCAUUCAAUGGAACCCAACAGACAGGCCUUCAAUGACAAUGGUGGUUCAAAUGCUUGAAGGUGACUUGCAUGGCUUAGAGAUACCUCCAAAGCCUUUUGCUUCUUCAGACAUUGAGAUGAUUGCAACUUGACAUCAGUCAAAUCCUGAAAACAUGUUUCCCUCAAAGAAUCUAUUUCCUUUUUCUUCCUUUAUCCGUGAUCACACAAAUUUAUUUCCAAACACUGCAAAUCAGAUCUUUCCUUUUUCUUUCUUUAUGGACAUGGACAAAACCAACAGCUAUAACGUAAUUCACCUAGCAAAAGGCAGAAUUAAAUAUCAUAUAUAAACAAACAAAUCAAAAUUAAGUUAUUUUUUAAUGCGUGGUAGGAUAAAUUGGGUUCAUAAAGCAGUGAGUUGGUUCUUUGGUUCUUGUGUUUACACACACCCAUAAAGUAGUAAAAUGACAUGAUUCUAGUGGGCAUUGAAAAGGACAAGCAAGAGGGCAUAUUUUCUUUUCCUCCUUAACCAAGGUAAGGAAUUUCUUCCCUCAUUUGCCUUUUGAAAAUUAAAACCAGAGGAGAAAAAGAGCAAAAGCGCAUAAAGGAAAGCAUGGAAUUUGGGUGCUUCCAAUUAUCACCAAAUCAUGAACAAAUCAAACUCAAAACAAAUGAUAUGAAACAAGUCAUUAAGAAACCGAAGACAUUUUCCUUUUAUCCCAAAUUCAGCAGAAAGCAAAUACAUGAUAGGUGUAAGUGAUGCAUGCCCAGCAGCAGUACAAACAUUCCAUACCCCCAAUUUAUAGCUCAAAAGAAAUCCAAGCUCCCUAGAUUGAAGAAAAGACAAAGACGAAAACAGAGCUACCUCGUAUGCAUCCCUUACAUCCCAUGUUGAAGACGGGGCAAAAACGUUAGAAAAAGAAAAACUGAAAGAUCCGGAGGUCAAACCAGGAAUAAAAAUAAAAGAGAAGAGCCAAGUUAACGUAAAUCGGACCGCUACCCUCAAUUCCCCGCAAUGCAAUAACGCCGCUCUACCGAUUCUGCCCCUUCUCCAAGUAGCUGGAAACUCGGGAGAGCCCAAUUGCAAAGCUUAGUUUUGUUUGUUGUGCUUUUGCCAUCAGCUUUCACCCAUAUUUACAAAGAGAGACCUUCUACGACGUCGCCGCCGCCGACCACUGCCUUCACCACCACCGGCAUCCACGAACCCUCUCCGGUGGCCACCGAUCAUGGUCUUUUCUAUACAAAUAUACCCAGUACAAGAUCAGUCUGAGAGCCCAAACAUGAGCAUAAACGCAAAGGUGCAAUGUGGGCAGCUAGGCUGCAAGAAAGAAAGACUAUAAACUAGAAAGAGCGUGUGUUACAU